AUGGAAUCAUAUCUGAGCGAUAGAAUUCAAAAGGUAAAUGUAAAUGGAGCUAUAUCACAGGGAUCCUCUGUUACUAUGGGAGUACCGCAAGGCUCCAUACUUGGUCCCUUCUUAUUCCUCGUCUAUAUAAAUUACCUACCAUUUAUUGUAAAGGAGCUUCACGAGAUAGUACUGUUUGCUGAUGACACUUCGCUUCUAUUUAAAGUGAAACGACGAAAUCCUUCACUUGACAACGUAAACAGUGCCAUCUCCAGUGUAGUUCACUGGUUUAAUACUAAUAAUCUUAACCUAAACGAAAAGAAGACAAAAUGUGUUAAAUUUGUAACUACAAAUGUAAAUAGUAGUCAUUCUCAAAUAAUAAUUAAAGAUGAGGAAAUAGACUUUGUUGAUAAUGCGGUGUUCUUGGGAAUUACUUUAGAUAGUAAACUCCAGUGGGACCGACACAUAGAAGGUCUUUCGAAUAGGCUAAGUUCUGCAGCGUUUGCAGUAAAAAAGAUACGCGAUCUUACGGAUGAGAAUACAGCAAAGCUUGUUUAUUUCAGCUAUUUUCAUAGUAUUAUGUCAUAUGGUGUUAUUUUGUGGGGUAAUGCAGCUGACAUUAAAUCGAUAUUUGUAGUGCAAAAGCGGGCUAUAAGAGCGAUCUGUGGGUUGUCCCCACGGGAGUCGGUUCGAAGGAAGUUUAAGGAAUUACAUAUUUUGACUCUGGCAAGUCGAUACAUUUAUGAGAAUAUUUUGUAA